AUGCCUGAACGUACUAAAGUAUUCUUUGAUAUCACUGCCAAUGGUCAACCAAAAGGUAGAAUUGUCUUUGAAUUAUAUGAUGAUAUAGUUCCAAAAACUGCUGAAAAUUUCAGAAGUUUAUGUACUGGAGAAAAGGGAAUCUCUCAACAUUCUGGAAAAUCAUUACAUUAUAAAAACUCGAUCUUUCAUAGAGUAAUUAAAGGGUUUAUGUGUCAAGGUGGUGAUUUCACUCAUGGAUCAGGUAUUGGAGGUGAAUCUAUCUAUGGUGAAAAGUUUGAAGAUGAAAAUUUCCAAUUACAUCAUGAUAAACCAUUCUUAUUAUCUAUGGCCAAUGCAGGUCCAAAUACAAAUGGAUCUCAAUUCUUUAUUACAACUGUUCCAACACCUCAUUUGAACGGUAAGCAUGUUGUAUUUGGGGAAGUAAUCCAAGGAAAAUCAGUUGUUCGUCAAUUGGAAUCAUCAAAAAAGGGUGAACAAGAUAAACCUGUUGAAGAUUGGGUUAUUAGCGAUUGUGGUGAAUUACCUAAGGAUUAUGUUCCAGCAGCACAAGCUACCGUUGAUGACGGAACUGGGGAUAUUUAUGAAGAAGUUUUGGAAGAUAAUGAGACAAUUGAUGUUAAGAAACCUGAAUCAGUUUUCAAAGCUGUUUCUACUUUGAAAGAAAUUGGAACUAAAUUGUUGAAAGCAGGUGAUUUAGAAAAAGCUUAUGCUAAAUAUACUAAAGGUUCAAGAUUCCUCGAAGAUUAUUUCCCAGAUGAUUUAUCUGAAGAUGAUUUAACUACUUUGUAUGGAUUAAAAUUAUCAUUAUAUUUGAAUGCAGCUUUAGUAGCAUUGAAAUUGAAGAAUGGGAAGAACACUAUUGCUGCUGCUGACGAAGCAUUACAAAUUGAUAGUAUUGACGAAAAGUCUAAAGUUAAAGCAUUAUAUAGAAAAGGAAUGGGAUAUUUGUUGGUUAAAGAUGAAGAUUCAGCUAAAACUUAUCUUGAAGAAGCUUUGAAAUUAGCUCCAACUGAUCGUGCUAUUCAAAAUGGUUUACAAGAAGUUAAAACAAUUGUUAAAGCUCGUAAAGAACAACAAAAGAAGGCAAUGUCCAAAUUCUUCUCUUAG